UCUUCCAUUACUGUUUGGCAACGAAUUGCUGUGUCGCUGAGUUCAAUCCAAUUGUCCAGGUAAUUCUGCUACUCAAGUCAAGUGUCCUGCGGCGGCCCAAACCCCACGAAACCUCGCUCCGGGGUUUCUAAUCAUUAUCCCUUCCUAUACCACUAGAACUCUGCUAUCAACAGCGACUAAUAUCAAUAUAAGAGCAGGUGCUUGAUCAUUUCAUCCUGUUCUCGACAGCUUUUCUGUGUCGACCACAAAAUAACUUCCCGGAGCCCCUGUUCAGUUCGCCUCAUACCGGAUUGAUCUACCAACAUAAUUCCAAUUCCUGCUGAGGCCUUGAACCUGCCCGCAUCCCUGCCUCGUUAGCCUUUUUUCACCCUUUCAAUAGUACAUUGAAAAGCAUACAGAAUUUCCCGCGAUGGAGGGUCAGGGAGAAAAUGAUGAGCUCUACCCCAUUGCCGUUCUCAUUGAUGAACUGAAGCAUGAUGAGGUUACUCUUCGCAUCAACGCUAUACGCCGUCUUUCUACCAUUGCAUUGGCGUUAGGACCGGAGAGAACUCGGGACGAACUUAUUCCUUUCCUCGAUGACUCUGUCGAGGACGAAGACGAAGUCCUAACCGCUCUGAGCGAUGAGCUGGGCAGUUUCGUGGAAUAUGUUGGCGGUCCGGAAUUUGGUCAUGUCCUCCUUUCUCCCCUGGAGAAUUUGGCAGCCAUUGAAGAGCCAUUGGUGCGGGAGAAGGCCGUCGAGUCGCUCAACAAGAUCGGGGAGGAAUUGUCCGAGAAGCAGAUCGAAGAAUACUUCAUCCCCAUGGUUAUUCGCCUCUCGAAAGCCGACUGGUUCACAUCGAAAGUCUCAGCUACGGGUCUCUAUUGCGUUCCCUACAGGAAAUCACAACCGCCACUGCAGCAAAGUCUCCGCCAAUAUUUCGGAGGGCUUGUACAUGACGAGACGCCGAUGGUGCGACGACAGGCGGCAAAUAACCUUGCCAAGUUUGUCAAGGAAAUGCAGACACAAGUGAUCAUUGAAGAAAUAAUACCCUUGUUCCAAUACUUGGCCAGUGACGAUCAAGACAGCGUGCGCUUGUUGACUGUGGACAUUCUCAUCUCUAUCGCCGAGGAAAUCCCCAAGGAGCAACAACCCAGUCAUGGUGUUCUGUUGACCUCCCUGCGCAAUCUUUUCGAGGAUAAGAGCUGGAGAGUGAGAUACAUGGUUGCUGAUCGAUACGAGAAGAUCGCUAAAGCUGUGCACGAAGAGGUUGUUACUCGCGACAUGGUGCCCUCAUUUGUUAAGCUUCUGAAGGACACAGAGGCUGAAGUUCGUACUGCUAUUGCGGGCCAGAUUCCAGGUUUUUGCAACUUGAUUGACCGGGAAACCUUGCUUAACGAGAUUAUGACGAGCGUGGAGGAUCUUGUCUCGGAUCCAUCUCAGCAUGUGCGAGCGGCAUUGGGUACUCAAAUUAGCGGACUCGCCCCGAUCCUCGGGAAAGAAGAGACGAUUGCUCAUCUGCUCCCGAUGUUCCUUCAGAUGCUCAAAGAUGAAUUCCCCGAUGUCCGCCUGCAUAUCAUUUCCAAGCUGGAAUUGGUCAACAAAGUCAUCGGCAUCGACCUCCUUUCGCAGUCGCUUCUCCCUGCUAUUGUCCAGUUAGCUGAAGACAAACAAUGGAGAGUUCGCCUUGCUAUCAUCGAGUACAUCCCUCUUCUCGCUAGUCAGCUGGGUGUCAAAUUUUUCGACGAACAGCUCAGCGACUUGUGCAUGGGCUGGCUCGGUGACACAGUCUUCUCCAUCAGAGAAGCUGCCACUCAGAAUUUGAGAAAGCUUACAGAAGUCUUCGGAGUCGAAUGGGCUCAGGGCUCUAUCAUCCCGAAGGUUAUGGCCAUGGGACAACACCCUAACUAUCUAUACAGAAUGACCACGUGCUUUGCUAUCUCUACUCUUGCGCCCGUUGUCUCGCUGGACAUUAUCGAAAACUCAAUCCUUCCUAUUCUAGACAGACUCGUAACGGAUGAAAUUCCCAAUAUCCGCUUCAAUGUCGCCAAAUCCUACGCUGUAUUGAUCGACACACUACGUCGCCUUCCCGCCGAAGGGACGCUAUCCGAGCUCGAGAAAGCUGGGAAACCAGCGACCCCGUCACCUCGGAGUCAGGAGCUUAUCCAGCAGAGAAUCCUCCCCAGUCUAGAGAAGUUGCAGCAGGAUGAAGAUGUCGAUGUCCGGUACUUUGCUACGACUGCCGCGGGCGGCCACGAGGAGGCCAUGCAGACUUCACCCUAGGCCUAGUUGUUUGAUUAUGCUACUUGAUGCAUGCACCACUUCAUACCCACGUCCGAACGGAGCCUUUCAAUAGGGUAGCGGGAGUAAAUAUAGGACUUGCGCUUCUGUUGGGGCCGAGUUUGAAACUUGAGAAUCUUGUCCACUUAGAGAAAUGGUCAGGCCAACUGACUCACUGAAUGAAAUAAUCCCAUGG